GCAGUGAGGUGGGUGGUUGAGACCAUCCCGAAGCUGGAGUCUCGCGCGAAGGCCGUCCGGGACAUGGCUUUCAAGCAGAGGGAGAGGUCUUUCACCGAAGCUUUCAAUGAGCUCCUUCUGUCCUGUGGUCGGGCACACGCCGUGAAGGUUUCCUUCCGUGUGCUGGAGUGGAUGGAGGCGCUCACCGUGCCGAAGGACUCCUUCACCUACGAGGCCAUCGGCGUCAACGUGGUGAAGCGCAUCAGCAAGCUUCAGAAGGUCUGGGACCUCCCACAGGCACCUGAAGACCAGGUUUGCCCGGAGGUCGUCUUCGCAGGCCGCAGUAAUGUCGGAAAAUCUUCACUG